CUUGACAAACCAAAUUUGGAGAUAUUUCUGUGUCGCCCAGAAGACAGAUGGGCGAAGCUGGAUGGCAAGUGGCUGGAUCCAAAAGUCGGCACGCAAGAAAAAGCGUGGACUGAUGAAGAGAUCAAUGAUUUCAUCAAAGCCACCAUGAAGCGGCUGCGCGGACAGUCUUCCUACUAUAACGACUUCUGCGCACAUCUUUCACCAGAAUUCAAAACGCGGCCGUUCAAGCCGCGACCGAAGAAAAAUCCGUGUGCGAAGAAAGACCAGGUGGUCCAAGAGGAGGAGACUGCUGAAGCGGCUCCGGCGCUGGCGAUGAAGGACACUGAGCUGAUGAAGAUGGCCAAGGAGAUAUACGAGCAGGAUAUGGACAAGCCCACGUUGGAACCGCUGCCGACUCAUCUGAGAAUCCUCGGCUAUGUCCGCAAAUGUCUCUACAAGACUGGUAUUAGCGAGUACCAGAACAGUAUAGCCCGCCUCGCUUACGAGUUGGUCAGAGACGACCGCAUUCCCCGCUACCACGCUCAUAAUGGAUGUCGGCCCAAGUGGGGGCUGCCACCAGAUGGCAUUCGUCAGCCUGAGCUGGAUGGCGCGCCUUAUGACGGCGAAAGAUUGUUUUAGAAGCGUUUUGAAUGAGUG